UGAAAGCUUCCACUGGCUCCGUCCAAAAGCAACUUUGCAUUGUUCCUGCUGACCUUCUUUUUUAUUACUGGCUGUUGUUGUAUUUAUUCUUAUUUGGAAACCAAGAUUGCCAAAGGAAGCAAGGAAAGGAGGCGAGAGGAAGCCAAAAGGGACUCUUGGAAGGAAGAUCUUGUUUAAUUGCUCAUUUAACUGCAAUUUAUACUCUUUUUAGCCUUGGCUUCCCUCCUUCCGUUGAAUCCUUCGCCUCUUUGGGCUCUUAGGAUUGUUGCUGGCGGUGGUUUGUGGCUCCUCUUGGAGUGAGCGGCCCUUUCGUUUUUUAUCUUGCAAGCUCGGCUUUGCAUUUGUGUAUAUAUCUAUCUAUAUAGACACACAAUCUCUAUCGCGUAUUCCCCUCCUCCAGAGAAGCGCCAUGUCAGACACAGCCGUGGACACCAGCUCCGAAAUCUCCACCAAGGACUUGAAAGAGAAGAAGGAAGUUGUGGAAGAGACAGAAAAUGGCAGGGAUGCACCAGCCAACGGCAAUGCUGAGAACGAGGAAAAUGGGGAACAGGAAGCAGACAACGAGGUAGAUGAAGAAGAAGAAGAAGUCGGUGACGACGAGGAGGACGAGGAAGAAGGUGACGGUGAGGAAGAAGAUGGCGAUGAGGAUGAGGAAGCUGAGGGCCCCACAGGCAAACGGGCAGCUGAGGACGAUGAGGAUGACGAUGUCGAUCCUAAGAAGCAGAAAACCGAUGAAGAUGAUUAGGGAGCAGAGUGAUUUAAAACACACACACACAAUUUUUUUAACUUUAAAAAAAAGAAAGGAAAACAAAUUUUUAAAAAGGCCAGCGUGACCUAUUUCGCGGUUGAAAAUUCCCUGUUGCAAAACAUGUCCCCCCCACCACCCAGCUUCCCUUCUUGCUGUGGUCACUUGUCACCAAGUAGAGCAGGAAAAAAGCCCUUUAAAAAAGCCAGUGUGCUGCUGCCGUUUGUCCGAUUCUGAAUGGAAAAGGAAAAAACGUGGCCUCCGUGGCCCUUUGCCACCUCUGGGUCCGGAGGGAAAGAUGGCGCAGUCGUCACCCCUUCCCUCCUCCCCCCCAGAAAACCUUCAAGGCCCAGCUUGCUUUCUUAAAAGUAACUUUAAAGGAGAAUUUGUUUGUAUUUUUUAUUUACAUUUUAUAUUUUUGUACAUAUUGGGACGAGGUCAGCCAUUUUUAACGCGAUCUCCGAUUGACCAAAAGGGGGGCUUUGAAGUGCAGGUUUUUUCUCUCCUCUGUUCCUAAAAGCGAGAAUUUUUUCCUUGACUUUACUUGUGGUGUGACCAUGUCCAAAACCAUGAUCUCAGAUGAGAAGUAAAACAGAUCCUGUGUAAAAAAUAAUCAAAAAUGCAAAAAAAGUCCAGUCUUUAUUAUUCUGAGCAUUCCAGUAACUCUUUUUUGUGUAUGUACUUUAGCUGUACCAUAAGUAGUGGGUUUGUAUGAGAAGAUGGCAAGGCCAAAGAUAAAAAGGUUUUUUUUUUCUUUUUUCCCCUUUUUCUUUUCUUCUUUUGUCUAUGAAGUUGCUGUUAAUUUUUUUGUUUUGGCCUGUUUGAUGUAUGUGUGAAAACAAUGUUGUCCAACAAUAAACCGGAAUUUUAUUUUGCUGAGUUGUUCUAACGAAGCUGGUUGCACAA